AUGCCCAAGAAUGAAGGUAAAGGAGGUAAAAACAGGCGCAGGGGUAAGAAUGAGAAUGAAGCUGUAAAAAGAGUGGUGUUUAAAGAAGACGGACAAGAGAAUGCUCAGGUAAUCCAGAUGUUGGGAACUGGGCGAUUAGAGGCACUGGGCUUUGCUAGUGUAAAGAGGCUAUGUCCUAUCAGAGGAAAACUGAGAAAAAAGGAUAACAAAGCAGAUGGAAUUUUCAAGUCCAAUGCAGAUGAGGCUAGAAGUCUGAAGGCAGAAGACAAGCUUCCAGAACUUGCUAAGAUCAAUGAAAUGGAUACAUUUGGUCCUGGAGAUGAUGAAACCCAGUGUGAUGAUAUUGGAGAUGAUGAUGGAGAUAUUGAUGACAUAUAA